AUGGUUUCGUUGUCUGUUUAUCGACAUAGUGUAACAAUUCUAUGUCUUGUUGGUAUUAGUCUUUCAUUAUAUGCAUUCUACGUGGAAACACGUGCAACAGGUGAUCGAUCCUAUCGAGCAGCAUGUGAUAUAAGUGAACGUAUGAGUUGUUCACGUGUGCUCACCUCACGAUGGGGACGAGGAUUUGGUUUAUUGCCCGAAGAUUCACCAUUGAAUAUUCCCGAUUCGUUAGUUGGUUUGAUUUAUUAUUGUUUAUCUAUAAUUCUUAAUCGAUCAUAUACAUCAAAAACAAUUGCUCGUCUACGUGUCAUUUUUUCCCUGCUGACUAUUUUCGGCUCAAUGUAUCUGGGCUAUAUCCUUUAUUUUGUUUUACACGAUGUUUGUGUUGUUUGUUGUGGCAUGUAUUUGGUCAAUUUUCUCUUAUUUGUUUGUAAUUUGAAAUUAUUAACAAUGACAAACAUAAGCAAACAAAAACAUAAGAAACAGUAG